AUGUCCUCGACUGCUCCUUCGGGCAAAUUUCAAUUCUUAGCCUAUUGCCCCGAUAAGUCCGACGAAGGACUCUUGCAGCGGCGUCUAUCCGUGCGCGAAAGGCACCUCGAGAAUGCAAAGAAACUUGGAACAGAUGGAAUUAUCAAAUUUGGUCGCGCGUUCGUGAGCCCGGAAUCAGUCGCCUCACCCAAUGCUGAGCAGAAAAUGGUUGGAUCGCUGAUAAUAUAUGAGGCAUCUUCGCUGGAGGAAGCGAAGAAGCUCGUUCAGAGCGAUAUUUAUUAUACAGCUGGCGUUUGGGACCCAGAACGGAUCAUGAUCCAUCCCUUGGCGGGUUCGUCGUUGUAUUCCAAGAAAGACGAGUGGCUAAUGAAUCUGCCCUCGUGA